AUGCAAGUGCCGGUUCUCGGCUGCACUUUCCUCACGCUGUCAGAUCGUGAGGAAAGUACUGCCGAGAACCGGCAGUUGUCAGAGCGGGGAUCGGCACCGAUCAUCAGGGCACUGAUGAUCAGUGCCCUGAUGAUCGGUGCCCAGCAGUGCCACCCGCAAGUUCCGCCCAGCAUGCGCCCACUAGCUCCGCCCACCUGUGCCCAGCAGAUCACCCACCUGUGCCCAGCAGUGCACCCACCCCAGUGCCCCACUCUGCAGUGCCACCUACCUGUGCCCAGAAGUGCCACCCACCUGUGCCCACCCCACCUGUGCCCCACCUGUGCCCACCAGUUCCACCCACCUGUGCCC